AUGGUUGUCCACAUAAGAGCUCUGAAUUUCAGCACCUCCGAAAGCUCCGCUUCCAACCUAAGCACCAAUGCCAGUGUUCGGGACACCUUGGUGCCCCAGGACCCCCUCGGCCUGAGCAGGCAUGGCCACACGGUGGUGGCAGUAUGUCUUGGGCUCAUUUUGGUCCUGGGAUUCCUCAACAACCUUCUUGUCCUGCUUAUCUUUGCAAAGUUUCGGUCGCUUUGGACGCCCAUCAACCUCAUCCUUCUGAACAUCAACGUGAGCGACAUCCUCGUGUGUAUUUUUGGAACUCCAUUCAGUUUCGCGGCAAGUCUACAGGGGAGAUGGCUCAUUGGACACCAUGGUUGCAAGUGGUAUGGCUUCGCCAAUUCGCUUUUCGGGAUCGUGUCCCUGGUGUCUCUGUCCAUUCUGUCCUAUGAGCGCUACACCACCGUGCAGCGCUCCACCAAGGCUGCUGUGUCUGACUUCAGGAAGGCCUGGCUGUUUGUGUGGGGCUCCUGGCUCUAUUCUUUGCUGUGGACCCUGCCCCCCUUCAUGGGCUGGAGCAGCUACGGCCCGGAGGGGGCCGGGACCUCCUGCUCUGUCCAGUGGACCCAGCGCUCUCCGGCCAGUGUCUCCUAUGUGGUUUGCCUGUUCAUCUUUUGCCUGCUGCUGCCCCUCAUGAUCAUGGUCUACUCCUACAGCAGGAUACUGGUCGCCAUCAGGGGGGUGGCUAAGAUCAACCUGCUGUCGGCCCGGAGGCGAGAGCAGCACAUCCUGCUCAUGGUGCUGUCCAUGGUGUCCUGCUACCUGCUGUGCUGGAUGCCCUACGGCGUCAUGGCCCUGGUGGCCACCUUCGGCCGGUCAGGCCUGGUCACCCCCGUGGCCAGCGUGGUGCCCGCCGUCCUGGCCAAGAGCAGCACCGUCAUCAACCCUGUAAUCUAUGUGCUGUUCAAUAACCAGUUUUACAGAUGCUUCGUGGCCUUUGUGAGGUGCAAGGGGGAGCCCCAGUCUGUGUACAGCUUUAACACCCAGCAGAGCAGCAGAGAGGAGAACGCUACCCCCCGGACACCUCUCUCACGCCCCUCCCUGGCCCCAAAACAGCCCUCGCUUGGCUCCCCACACACCCAGAGCUACAAGAGCCCCAGCAAUGCCCCCCUGUGUGGCCUGCGGAGGGAGCGGCGCACCAUGUCCCUGGUGGUCCACUACACCUCCUGAGAACCUCCUCUUCUGGGCUGGUGGAACCACACUCUGAGGUGGGAGAGGCUCAGAGAGAAGA